AUGCGCAUCGAAAAAGUUCUGAUAGCAAGUUUCGCCUUGCUUAGCUACGCCCAUCCUAGACAACUUACGGUUGACCUCGGAUACGAGAGAUACACAGGUGCUUACAAUGACAGCACGGAUUUGAACAUAUGGAGAGGCAUUCGUUACGCUGCUCCUCCGAUUGGACACCUUCGUUUCAGCGCCCCUACUGAGCCAGAAUACACUGGCCAGACCGUGCUAGCGGACACCUUUGGGUCCGCCUGCCUUCAAACAUUGGCAGCAGGAGGAAACAUUCCUGCUUGGCCGCCUCUGGGAGCAGAAGAGGACCAGGACUGCCUAUUUCUGAAUGUCUAUGCUCCUAGGGGAGCAAGAAAGCUCCCUGUCUAUGUCUGGAUUCAUGGCGGAGGCUAUGGCCAGGCCGAUGGGAGUUAUGACCUUUCGGAAUUUAUUAACGCCAACGGAAACGAGUUUCUUGCAGUCUCCAUGAACUACAGACUCGGCGCUUUCGGGUUCCUGUCGUCUGAAGAUGUGAAGACAGAAGGGGCUUUGAAUGCCGGUUUACUAGAUCAGAGAUUCUCUCUAGAGUGGAUACAAAAGAACAUCCAUCUAUUUGGUGGAGAUAAGUCACGAGUGACUAUCCAUGGCGUCUCUGCAGGUGGUGGCUCAGUCAUGCUGCAGUCUAUGGCGAAUGGUGGUACUGACGGGGACAAGCUUUUCGAUAAGGGCAUGGCUUCCUCGCCUUAUCUCCCCAGACACUACAAGUAUGACGACGACUUCCCAACUUCCUUGUACAAGCAGUUUGUCACUUUGAGCGGAUGCGAAGGCGAUUUUGACAGACUGUCUUGUCUUCGUAGUCAGAAUGUCGAUACUCUCCAGGGAGCGAACAUCAACGUCACCAAUGCUGCAGCAUACGGCACAUGGGCUUUUGCCCCCGUCACGGAUGGAUCAUUCAUCCAAAAUGCCCCGUCUACGCAAUUGCUGGACCAGAGGGCAGUGAACGGAAACCACAUGUGGACCAGUCAUAAUGCAGACGAAGGCCCUCUCUUUGUACCCAGAAACAUCACCACCGAGAAGGCACUGGUCGACUUUCUGCGUGCCAGCCUUCCACGAUUUGAAGACGAUGACAUCGCAUCUGUGCUCGAGACGUACCCUCUCUCCGCAUAUGGUACGGACACCACCAAUCCUCGUUUCGCAACGGCAGGCGACAGCGGUCCUACCGCGGUUGACGUGUCACCUUUCGCCAUUGGCAACCAACAACGCGCCGACGCCAUCUACGCGGAAGUGACAUUCCAGUGCCCCUCCUACUGGAUAGCAACCGGCUACACUGGCAACUCGGCGAAGUCGUCAUACCUCUUCACAUACACCAGCCCGCCUGCUCUCCACGGAUCUGAUAUCACGGGCUAUCUCGGCCCGUCCAUUGCAACUCAAAGUGCCGAGUUUGUUCAGGCAUGGCAGAGCAUGUGGGGUGCUUACAUCACUACUGGAUCGCCUAAUAUACCAAACGAAGUUGCGAAUAACUCUGAUUCUGACGUGUUGUCGAACUGGCCAAGAUGGGGAAACAACUUGAUGGUCAAUUUCAACCAGACUGGCGGGACGGCGACAACAGCAGAUGCUGGAUUUGGUCUUGGGCAGAUUGCUGUCAAGGUUGAGCCUGGACUGGAGAACGCAUUUAGAGAGGUUGAUGCCAGAACGUGGGAGGGAGGCAGAGGAACGAGUAAUCCCAUGGAUGCAUUCCACGUGACGGCUUACGAUCAUGAUCACGACGACAACAUCGCAGGCCCUAUCGGCGCUGAUAAGGACGACUGGGGCACAUUGUGUUCGCUGUUCACGACUAACGAGACGGCCAACACGAUGAUAGGCUUCACGGCAAACGCCGGUCUAGGUCAGAUGGACCUCAGCCAGGGCGUAAUGGCGUUGCCGUCAUACAUCGGUCCCGGCGACAUGGAACAGGCACAGGGUCCGACGUGGGCGGCGGAGUUCGGGUCAGGGUUUUCUAAUUAG